AUGAUCGCUUUCAAAUCCCAAAAACGACAACGAGAUCAGCAGCGAAAGCAGAAAAUUACAGAAAAUCGUAAACAUUUGGCUAAUGUUCGUGUUGUUCAAAAAAAUUUAGUCUUUGUGGUAGGCUUACCCCCACGACUUGCUGAUGCAGACAUUUUAAAAAAGCACGAAUAUUUUGGAAAAUAUGGAAAAAUUCAUAAAGUUGUGAUCAAUCCAAGUACAGCAUAUGCCGGAGUACAGGGUCCUUCGGCUUCAGCUUAUGUUACUUAUGUUCAUAAUUCCGAUGCGUUGAGGGCAAUUCAAAGUGUAAACAAUAUAAUGAUUGAUGGUCGCCUCAUAAAGACUAGCUUGGGUACGACUAAAUAUUGCAGUCACUUCAUGAAAAACCAGCAGUGCCCUAAAGGAGAUUGUAUGUAUCUACAUGAAUUAGGAGAUCCCGAAGCGAGUUUUACAAAAGAGGAAAUGCAUCAAGGAAAGCAUCAAGAGUAUGAAAAACGUUUGCAUGAUGUUUUAAUUGCAUCGUCUGGUAACAGCACAAGUGGAUGUGGAGUUUCCACUGGAAGCACAAGUUCCUUAAUUAACGGUAAAAAUGUUGAGAGCUGUAAAAUGUCUGGAAUUAUUUCAAGUAUCACACCUUCAACAAGCACACCGGCAUCUUCAUCUGUUACAACAAAUAAUGUAAUAUCUUCUGUACUUGGUUCUGCUCCCCAAAAAGAAGCUUGGCCGAGUUUAUCUAUUUCUCCUGUCAAUCAAAAGGAAUCCAGUUCAAAUAAUGGCAACAAAAAUAAGAAAGAGCGUACAAAGCAAGAUAAAAAUAAAAGUGAAAAAAAUAGCAAGAUAAAAAAUAAAAAUAACAAUAAUUCAGGUUCAAUUCCCUUGCACAAAGAAAUUGAUUUGCCCGCAAUAAUUUCUAAUUCAUCACUUGAAAAUUCCACAACAAACAAUAAUUCUUUGGUCGAACCAACAUCCAAAUCUAAAGUUGACAAGAGCACAGAUAGGAAUCAGUCCAAUAUAACAAAUCGGUCAAAUCCAAAAAAGGAACUGACGUCGUCUACAAUUGUGGAAAAUGAAAUAAAAGAAUUUGGUAAACACUCAAAAACUGCAACUACGAAAUCCAUCAAUUCAGAUGGGAAUAACGAAGGAUAUAUUUGCAAUAAGACAAGAAAUGACAAUAAUAUGACUAAAACAGAUAGUCAGCGCUCACUUAGCUCCAGCAGUAACAGCAGUAGUAGUUGCAUUGUUACCACAAGCGAGAAUAACUCAAUAAUAAAUGAAAGUGUUAGUGGAAAAAGUUCUCCAAGCUGUUUUAAUGAAAAUUUAAAUGAUGAAUGUAGAAAAUCCCCCAUAAAAUAUAAACGAACACUUGCAUCUAGUUCCGAAUUAGAUACGAAUCGGGAUUCUAAUGCCGAUGAGAACAACUUAUCAGAUAACUCUUCCAAACCCUAUGGAUAUGUAGAAAAUUUGUUUGUCGAUAAUGAAGUACCUAAGCAUAACAAUAAUAAUACCGAGGAAAAUAAUUUAUGCCUGAAUGAAUCCCCUGAUAAUAAUCGUCUUGAAAAAAUCCAUUUUAAUGAAUCACUACUAAAAGAGAGUAAAGGAGACAAUUCCAUAACAGAUGCUAUGUCGAAACUAAAUCUAUUUGAUGAAAAUAGUUUCUUCAGUUCAACAUCAGGGAUACUACAACAAACUAUGCCAUUGAAACUUAAACAAAAUGAAGAAACAAUCCCAAAUCAAUUAAGCACUGCACCUAAUUUGCCAGACUUGAUAAAUGGUAUUGAUGGAUAUCAAAAUACUACAAAUGAAUGGGAAGAAGCAUUGAAAAAUGUUAUGAUUAAAUCAAAUAAACAAAUGGAAGAAAAACUUCAGCAGAAUUUACAGCAACAGCAGAUUCAAAAUCAAAGUCAUAUAAAGCACCAAGAAGAUCUUCACAGACUCCAGGAAAUACAAAACCGUAAUAAUAUUUUAAGUUCAUUAAGUAUAUCUCAACUAAGUGGAGCUCAAACUGACUUUCAAACUGGUUCCAACAAUUACUUAACUAGUUCAGAUUUAAGUCGACAAACAAGCUAUCUGCAGUACCAACAACAGCAAUCAAAUGAAUCAUCGAAUGACAAUGUUCUCCAGAGCUCAUUGUUUGGGACCAACAUGUCAAAAUUUUUUGAUUUUCACAAGCAUCAACAACAACAAAAACUUCAACAGCACUGUUUACAAAUCAGUGGUCCUAACAAUAUAAAUGGAGGUGUGAAUGAAACCUUGCAUAUGAGACCUUUAUUGGAAAACAAUCGCCUUAAUUCACAACUGGUAGAUCCAAAUUGUAUUUUGACAUCUCAACAACAACAAAAACAAAAACUCUUUGGUAAAAUAGAUCAAAUGCUCUGUCAUCAAACACUUCAACAGCAUCCAAACCAAAUCGGAUCUGUGCAGACUCAGCAAAACCAGUUUAUACAAAAUUCAACAGGUGAUGACGACUUGGGUUUUGAUCCAUUUAUAGAAACUCAGAAAGCAUUAGCAGAAUUAAUUGAAAAUGAAGAGGAACAACAAAAUGUUGGGACAGCUUCAUCGAAUUUAAUGAAUCAUAAACAAACAAAUAAUAUACAUCAACCACAUCAACAACAAAUGAUGGAGUAUAUGCAACGAGCACGCAUGCCUCCACCUGGGUUUAACCAUGUCAACAAUUUUAACGGAUAUGCGGUCGCUCCAAGAAUACAAAAUAGUAAAGUUUUGCCAUUUAUGAAUUUAACGAAUAACUAUACGGCUCCAACUGGACAACAUAUUCAGCACCAACAACAAUUACAAAUUCCAAGUAAUGCAUGGGGUACACAUUUAGGAAACUUUCAGCAACACAUUAAUGAAGCACAGAUUCGUCAAGUUAAUUCUAAUCAAAUACCAAGUGGUGGUAAUCAGAAAGGUUAUUCAGGAAAUGAUUGGACAGCAAUGGAUCCUGCAAUACUUUCAUUUAGACAAUUUUCAUUUCCACAUCAAACACAAGUAACGCCUCAAAUGCAGCCUCAGCAACAGGAAAUUUUUUUACAGCAAUUGGCGCAACAACAGCAACAACCAGGUUUUACUUCUCAGUCACAACAUCUAAAUGGAGGAAAUGUUGGAAUGCCUAAUACUGUUAUGAACUCCCAACAAAGUUCACAACCGCAUGUCAAUGCAAAUGUCCAAGGAAUGUUAGAAUACUUGAAAACGCGUCAAUUUGUCUAAAUCUAUUCUUAUAUACACAUAUACAAAUAAACGUUAAUACUAAAAUAAAA